AUGGCCGGUAUCAGCCUGGACGAGUCGCCGAUGAUCAAGUCACUCCGGUCGCUUCGCAUUUACUACGAGCCGACCAUAUUGCGAGGACGGCCCGAGGACGACAUAGUCACCGCUAGACAGGAGGUGCUUCGGGGCAACCAUUUUCUUGGCAAAUUUGUGCGGGCGACGCGGCAUCUCAAAGUCUUGGCCCUGACAAGACCCGUCACCGCGACGGAAAUGUUCUUGACGGCAAAAAAUCAAUGCCCCGAGCAAUGCUGGGCGGAUCUCUACAAGGGGCCGUAUUUCUACCCGGCCCUAGUCAAGGUUGCCUUGUGGGAGCCGGGCCUCUCCGAGGAGCACAAAGAGACCACCGUCGCCCUGAUGGCGGCUGGGCGCAUGGCAGUCCAGAUGCCCCGGCUGCGGAUCAUGGAAUUGUGGAACAUGGAGGAACCAUACAUCUUCCGCUACGAAGCGACGCCCUGCACAUCCAGCAUCACCAUGCUGGCAUCCUACAAUCCGAGACCGGCCAUCAACACAGCGUGCUUUGAUUUGUGGGAAGCCGCAGCAAAUAACCACUACCGAUCAAGAACGAGGAAACUGGAAAUCAAUGCUUGCGAGGUCGAUUCGCAAUUGGAUGCUGGUAACCAAGCGUGCGUGGUAUCCUUUUUGCGGCGCCUGAAGCUCUGCAACGAGAUCAUCGAUCCCAGGUCUCUCUGUCAGCUCGAAGUCCUCGAACGAAACGCUUUCAAUAUGCAAAGGCUCGGCGAUCCUUUGGAGCAGGCGGAGGAGGAUGACCAAGAGUCGAUGGGGACUGAAGAAGAACUGAGCGAUACAGCUGCCAACAUAGAAGGUGCUGCCGACUCGGCGGUAUUCGACGAUGCGGAUUCAUCGUAG